UUUGUCAUCCGUAACCAAAUUUUGACAAGAGAAUCCACAUUGUCCCUUAUUUCUUUAGGUGGAAAUUUAAGUUAGAUUUUUAUGAAUGUUUGGAGUCAACCUCUGUGGAAACUUACAAGUUCAAAAUAGGGAAUUAAUGGAAUGAAAAUUGUAUUCAGGUAUGAUAGCGGUUUAGAAUAAGAGAGUGAAGAUCAUGAGUUUACUAGGUUCCAAUAAAUCUCCACUGUCUACAGGCGUUUGUUUUCCUCGCUGCGGAUACGCCCAGCUGGCCGCGGAAAAAGAGGAAGACCGAGUGAAGGUGAGGAAUUGCAGUCUAGUGCAACAGACGAAAAAGGUACAAAGCGAGGUCUCGUUCUUGACGAGACGACCGUAAUUUGCUCUCGUUGUUACGUGAUUCGUUGCACUGUCUACAUCUCAGGAUUACACACCGAAAAACAAUCUUCCAGACCCUGUUUCAUAAUUACAACCUGUCUAACGAAACUCCAAUUCAUCAUUCACGGCGAAACGAUCCAAAUAAUUUCCAUCGCUCUAUUACUACAUACGUUAUCCUAAUGUAUUGCGUAUUGUGCAUAUUACUGAAAACCGCGUCAAACAGGAUUAUCGAUUUAUAAAUGGGCAAUGACCAUUUAUGCAAAUUCAUAUGCUUCGUGCGAUUCACAGAUUAAAUACGCGUAUUUAUCAAGGAAAACCUGAUCGAUAAUAAUUCCGAUCAAACGAUUCCAGGAAAUUCUCGUGUAACGGCCGCAUAAAUCGCUUUAAUAUCGUUCGAUUCGCUAUAGACGGAAUCUGGACCGGGAUCUCGCAAGAUACAGAGAGGAAGAAACGAUAGGUGGAAGGGACACGCGCGAGAGUUAAGGCCGCAGUUCGUCCACGACCUAAAACUACUUCCAAGCAUCGUGAUGAGAGGUCAACAAGGUCACGGUGCCAGGCGCUUCUAUAAGAUACAUCCUUCUAUAUCUUAUCCCCCUCUCUUAUUCCUGUAGACAUCAGCGAAACUUAAUGUCAGGUCGUUCCACCUUCUUCUAUCUUGAUCUCGAUGCUUGAGUGGGUCUGUGUGUCAGAGCGAAUCGCAUGCUCGCGGUGUGAGAGAAUCUUCGCGGGGAACGAGUGGCGGGCGAGGAAGGAGAUACAUAGAUAGAAGUAAAGCGAGUGCGACUAGACGAAGCGACAAAGAGAACAACAGAGAAGGUUGGUUGUUUAGAGGCCGUUCCAGGGGAGCCCUCAAGAUGCGCGGGGCAUUGUCAUGUGUACCAAUGGUACAGUCUUCGGGCUGUUGGCACAGCUCCUUACGUGGGAGACAACUCAGCACGGUUCGCGAGGGACUGCGGAUCGCUGGAUGGUAUAUAUUUGUCCGGGCGCAUGCUGCUUACCGCCAGUACCCUGUCUAGAUCCUGAAGACCGCGGAAGUGCGCUCAGUGAUCUCGUGAAUAUUCACGUUCUUGUGACACAACGCUCGUCCGUGUCCCUCGUCGAGGAUUAAAGACUCGCGGAAGAUUAUUACCAGGAGAACGACGAAGAUGAUCGAUUUGUCCAAGUGUGUGUUCGUCUUGUUGGCGUGCUGUGUGGUCUGCUACGCGUCUUCGAUAGGUAAAGAGGAGGACAGUCUCGUGGACAGGAGCUUCAGAGCGAUGUACAGGGUAUACGAGGACUGCCAGCAUCGAAACAUAGCAAUCUCGCCUUGCCUGAAGAAAAAGGCGAUCGCGUUCUUCGAAAGAUUAGGCAGAAUGCAUACUCUUCCUCUGUCGGAGAACUUUGAAUUAAUCAGGAUCACGGACGAAACACCAAAGAGUUCUGCGUCCGAAUUAGAAGCCACCCUUGGCAGAACUAUGUCCAGCAAAGAUGAGAUUCUGAACGAGAUUCUGUUCGACCGAGUGGCUUCGCUGCUGAACAGCUUCAACGUUCAAAUCCGAUUGCCCAGAACCAGUCCUGGUGAAUUGAAACAAGGCAUGGAAGAGGGACGUGGUAAAAUGAAGAAGAUGAUGGGCAUGAUGAUGAUGGGAAUGGCCAUGAAACUCGCGGCGUUGAUUCCCAUUGCCCUUGGAGUGCUCUUUUUGUUAGCUGGAAAGGCUUUGAUCAUCAGCAAGAUAGCUCUUGUCUUGUCUCUCAUCAUCGGACUGAAGAAACUCUUCAGCCAGAAGCAGAGCCACGAUCACGGUGGUUGGCAGCAGGGCGGCGGAGGUUGGGACAGGAGUCUCAAGAAUGUUUUCGGCUCCACGGAGUCGUCGACGACGACGGAACUAACCCGCAACUACGCGCAGAAUCUGGCCUACUCGGCGCGACAUCAGCACUGAUCGCAGCAAACGAGGGGAAUAGCAGGCCUUCCGGUUUCGUUCGGCGUGCAUGGCACCUCGAUGGUAGCCGUUCUACGUUCUAGACUGACCGACGUAUUUACCGUGCAUAGAUGAGAAGAUAAGUAAGCGAAAAAAUGCGGAUCUGAUUGAUAAUUUCUAAUUGAUAGAUUCAAUAGAAUCGUAAAAAUAGGCACGUAUAACAAAGUUUCAUAUCUAUACGUAAGAUAUACAUCUUCUCGUCUCUGCACAGAAAUUUCGACUAACAAUUCUACAGCGACGAUGCGAUUUUUUUUAUUACAUAGAGAGAUGUUCGUUGAGCGUUAGACGUUUAUAAAUUCUUCGUGGAAGGGAAUAUUAUAGCCGCGAGAACUUCCACGAGAAACACCAAGUCUCUCUUCAAGAAAUCGUUGGAGUUUCGAUGUAUAUUGUUCAAUUAUUUAUGAAGAAACAUGCGAAUCAUCUAACUCUCAAAGUUGGUUAAUUAUUUUCUUCUAAAUUUUAGCCUGUAGAAAUUAAUUUGAAAAGUAUCUGGGCGUCACACAUAGCAGUGAUCGUAGCCGAAAUUUUACCACAUUGCGGAAACAAGCGAUAGUCGUUAGUUAAAUGCAUAUCAUGAACGUCAGCGACAUUUUUAGAUGCCGUCACGCGACGGUCGAUACACCGUAUAUCCUAGCUGUCACUCAUUUUCGUUUCCCGUCAACCGGGAAAGCAUUCGGCACGAUAAUAGCUACGGAGUGGUUUCCACGCACGCGAGCUUCUAACGGAACCGAGUCGAGACAUUUUUGCGUUCGAAACGACCUGUAAACAACGAAAAUAACUUCUAUAUCCGAUUCGUAAUCGUUUCUUCGCAAAUAUUCUGAGCUUCACCUCCCGAGCAAUUUAAU